UCCUUUAUAUAAUUACAUUCAUAUAUACAGGAUACACUAACCUCUUUCUAUAAAUACAUACACCACAUCAUCAAUGGAUAACCAACAAGAAGAAGAAAACCAGAACCAUAUCAAGAAAAGAAAACUUGAAACAACAACUAUGGAAUCAGAACCAAAAGGCGAGAUUUUCGUGUUACCGUUUUUCGGCCAGGGGCACUUGUUCCCAGCUAUGGAACUGUGCAAAAACAUAUCAUCUCAUUCCUACAAUGUCACUCUAAUUAUCCCAACUCAUCUUUCGUCAUCUGUUCCAUCCACUUUUGCCACCCAAUCAUCUUUCAUUCAUGUGGCCGAGAUUCCGGUUGCGGCCUCACCACCCGAUUCCGGAUCCGAAAAAGAGGCCCCACCACAUCCUCAUCGAGGGAGCCCACUUGAAGCCCAGAAUAAGCAAAUGGGUGAAGGGAUCAAGUCAUUUAUGUCAUCUAGACAGGAUGUACCAUUGCCCACCUGUGUUGUCCUUGACGUCAUGAUGAGCUGGAGUAAACAGAUUUUCGUUGAUUACAAUAUUCCUGUGGUGUCGUUUUCGACUUCUGGUGCGACUUCUUCCGCUAUGGGUUAUGGGCGAUGGAAGGCCAAGAUCGGUGAUAUCAAACCGGGCGAGAUUCGUGAGCUUCCCGGUCUACCGACUGAAAUGGCUGCAACUUUUGAUGAUCUAAACAGAGGUCCUAGAGGCAGGGGAGGGCCCGGAUCGAGGGGCGGUGGACGGGGGGGAGGACGUGGUCGUGGUCGUGGAGGUGGUCGUGGAAGGGGUCGGCCCGGACCAGAUGACAAACCAAAGUGGGUGGAUGAUGUGGGAGGCUCGGUCGCCUUACUUAUCAACACUUGUGAGGAUCUUGAAGGUUUGUUUAUUGAAUAUAUAGCUGAACAACUCAAGCUUCCGGUUUAUGGAGUUGGGCCGCUACUACCCGAACAGUUUUGGAAAUCAGCCGGUUCGUUGCUUCAUGAUUCCGAGAUGAGAUCGAAUCACAAGUCGAAUUAUACCGAACAUGAGGUGAUCCAGUGGCUGGAAGCGAAACCAAGUGGAUCAGUCAUCUAUAUUUCAUUUGGGAGUGAGGUUGGACCGUCUAUUGAAGAAUACAAAGAACUAGCUAAAGCCUUGGAGGAAUCAGAUCAGGCUUUCAUUUGGGUGAUCCAGCCCGGUUCAGGUAAAACCGGCAUGCCCAGAUCAUUCUUGGGGCCGGUUAAUACCGAUAGUGAAGAAGAAGAGGAAGGGUACUAUCCUGAAGGUUUAGACACCAAAGUUGGGGGCAGGGGUUUGAUCAUUACUGGCUGGGCACCACAGUUGUUGAUUUUGAGCCAUCCAUCUACAGGCGGAUUCUUAUCGCAUUGUGGGUGGAACUCGACUGUAGAGGCGAUAGGCAGAGGGAUCCCGAUCUUGGGAUGGCCGCUUAGGGGUGAUCAGUUUGACAAUGCAAAACUGUUGACUACCCAUCUUCAGAUAGGAUUCACUAUGUCAAGUGUUGAUGGAAGGCAAGGAAGAUUCAAUAAGGAAGAUAUAGCAGCAGGGAUUAAGAAAUUAAUGACUGAUGAAAAGGUGCAUAAUCAAGUAAAGAAACUUGGCAAAGAAUUUGAGGGUGGAUUUCCGGCGAGUUCAGUGAAAGCAUUGGGUGCUUUUGUCGAGUUUAUUAGCCAAAAAGCAGCCUGAAAUGGUUCACUAGUAAUCGGAUCCGUGUAUGCUUUUCGUGGAUACCACGUGUACCGUGUAUGAACAUCGUCAUCUAUGUUUAGUUUAUAAACUUAUAAAGAUGAAGGUUUUGAGUUUCGUCUACUAAUCAUACUUGAGUUUGAAUUUUUCAAAGUUGUUCUUUUAAGGAAAUGAAACUGUCUUUCCUAUAUUUUGUUUCA